UGCCUUGGAAGCUCUGUGCCGGCACCAUCUUUUGCGUCUGGACGGACCCAGGACGCUUUUCACGAACGACUCACGAUCCAAUUGUACACCUCCCUCUGUAGGAGACCUGCAUCUACGCUGCGCAGUACAACAAAGACGUGGCGCAUCGUCUAAACACCACCCAUACCGGCAAGAUGAGCGGCCAAAGGCGGCUCUCUGCCGAUUCUGCUGGUGGACAGCUCGCCGUGGCUCUUACCGCAGCGGGACACAAGCAAGGAAGCCAACCGGCUUCUACGCAGGACGCAUUCAUGACCCUCGUCCACUACGACAUGAACCAUCGCAAAUCCCUCGAACAUUCUUCCUUCAAACCGCAUACUCAUCAGCAACAUCAGCAGCAGCAACAAAAACAACAGUGCACAUAUGCAAACAGCAACGACAUCCAGUCAUCUUCAUCCCCUGCAUUCGCAUCCGCAGGCUAUGGUGGCACGGGCUCCUUCUCGCCCUCCUCACACGCGCAGUUCUCUGCCGCCGCGAACUCGUCUACAAGCAGAGGCAAGGUGCGCCAAGCCGCUCUUGUGAUUGACAAGGCGGAGCAGCAAGCGCGGGCGAAAGCGGCAAAAAAGAGCAAAAAGGAUGCCAAGAAUGAGAGGCGCGCCGAAGCGACAGCCAGCAAGGCGGAGAAGAGACGGAUCAAAGCUGCUCGGAGAGAGCAGAAAAAGGACCCGAUUCAUGGUGACGCACUGCCACACAUGCCUGAUACGAUCCUUGACGGAGUUGACAAAAGUGGAUUGCCAGGGGAUCGGUACACGGCCUUGCCUACUCGAUCCACUCGGAGCUCCUUAGGAAAGGCCGGCUACGACGAGGGAUACUACGACACAUUGGCCGACCCUUUGACCCCCAUGGCGCUCAAAGGGGGCAAUGCCGUACUCGUCGACCGGGAGAUGAAACGACUGCGCGACGCAGGCGUCAAGGAGCUCCGCAUGCGCUGGCGCAUGUGGACAGGCGCUUUCUCGCUCAUCGUCCUAGCCAUGACGACGUACUUUAUGGCGCGCUACAUUAUCUCCUGGCUCAACCUGAGCCCGGGCACAAUACCGCUCAGCAAUGCACCAGCUGGAAGCCGAACCCCAAUUGAUGAGCUGGCCAGGCUACUCUGUCUUGUCGAUUUCUCCGCUGCUGCUGGGAGCAUUGCCGGCAUACUCGCAGUGGUGGUCUACCUUCGAGCUACCCGCCGCCGGACAUGCGGCUUGGCCUUUGCUUGGUUCUGCGCCGUCCUAUCCACGACGUUGCAGCUCGCUUCUGCCGCUGCCAACCUGGCGCUGAUCAUUCUCUGGCAUAGGCAGUAUACUGUGGGUGGUCCGGACGCCUCGUCGCCCCAAGGUGCAACGCGCGACGUCGGUCGGCGAUGUGCAGGAACGUGGGACUUUGAUCUGCUCUGGAACGCCUCCGACGCGUCGCCGCUCAGCACCGAUGCCCAGGACUGCAAACCGGGCGGCCAGGGUGGUAAAGCGGCUGUCAAGAUGUUCGUCGUCGCAGGCGGCGUCCGACUCGGACUGAUCGUUAUUUUCUUUACGCUCUGGCUCAUCGCACUCGCACGCUACAACCACACACUCGAGAAGGGUGUCCAGGAGAUCGGAGGCGUCGAGGAGAGCGCAGAGAUGCACCGCUUGCUUGAGGAGGAGAUGAAGCAUGGCGUCAACGGGCCCGGCAACUUUGAUGAGAAGACGCUCACCAAAGCGGACGUGCAGCAGUACGCAGCGUUCGUCGAGGAGCGCUACAUGCCUGAAGCAGAGUACGAGGUGCGACGCGACGACGCGACGACGGAAAAGGUGUCCCACGCGCACUCAUCCACGCAGUCUCACAGACGCCUCGAUUCGGAGCGCACACAGAUGCUGGCCAUGGGAAACUCGCCUCCGCGUCUCGACCGGUUCCAUUGGCAGCGCGGUGAGGCAUCCACAGCUACCGCAGCUUCUGCCGCCUGUGGUGGUGACUAUCGCAGUGUCCCUGUCAACGAAGCACACGCCGUCGAUGACUAUCCACUCUACCUUCAUUCCACUGAGCACCACCUGGGCCAUGGCGAGCGUGAGCCUAGCAGCUUGCUUGCCAAAGUUUGGGACUCGCUGUGGGGCACCAGCGCGCAUCCGCAUACCGACCUACAGCGUAACGGUUCCAAGCUCGGCGUUAGCGGCUGGUUCCACGGCCGAGAGCCCACGAUGGAUGUGGGGAGUGAGGCAGCGUCGCGCGCCACUUCUGUACGCAGGAGUCCGAACGCCUAUGACGUCGAUGAGCGGCACCAACAGGCUCAGAGCAGCUCCAAUACGGCUGGCCACAAGCGGACACCAAGUCAAGAGCGGCGCGCAGCAGCGGCCAAAGCGAUGGCCAACGCCGGCCACACAGCCGCCGGCGAUGACCUGCCGCACAUGCCCGAAGUGCAGUCCAUCACCGCGCACGAGAUCUUGCAUCAGACAAGGCACUACGCAGCCAACAGCACUUGGGGUUCUGACGACUCGACCGACUCGGCCAACAACACCAGCGGCGACCGCCUGUCCGUCGAUGCGCGGAAUGAGCACGUCCCACAGUAUGUCCGCACGCUCGGCAAGCUCGUGCGCAAGCUUUCCGCCAUCGAGAGCGUCGGAUCAGCUGAGCGUGCCGAUCGAUCUGAACGCACCGAUAACAGCCAGGGCCACUUGUCCAACCGUUCCAGCGUGCUUUCGCCAUCGAUCUCCUCGAGCAGAGGUGUAGGUGGCGGCAACGUCAUAGGCACUCACACAAAGCGUGCGUCGUGGAACGCCAGCCACGGCACUCGUUUGGAAAGCACUAGCGAGCUUCCAGACGAAAAUGGCUCGCCGGAGCGCCAUGUGACAGCCUCGCUCGUCCCGCAUGCACAGCACGUUGAUCGCGAAGGCAGCGCAGCCAGCAAUCACGCCCCGUUCCCAGGCGGCUGGGCGUGACGGGCACUCGAGGAACUUAAAGCCACCCCUUCACAAACCACCAACACGGCCUCUAACAUCAUGAAUGGACCUUACGUUCGACGCAUUUGACGACCCGGAACGAGCUUUCCCCACAAAUUGUAACGCUAUCUUUCAUCUGCUCUG